GCGUCGCUUUCGCCGGACACCACCACCUGCCGCUUUCCCCUCUCCCUUCGCCGCCCAUCUCCUCCGCCCCUUUUUGACCCCGAUUAGGAAUCCGCAUCAGGGCCCUGCCUGCGGCGGCAUUCAAUUCCCUGCCCCCCACGAGCCACGAGCACGCCGCCUCCCCACGCCACGCCCCCUCAGCCCGGGCCGGCGCUCCCCCGAGACCGCCGCAUUCACAUGAUGUACCAUGCUAAGAAUUUUUCUGUGCCCUUUGCACAGCAGAGGGCUCAGAAUAAUGAACAUGCAAGUAAUAUUGGAGGUAUUGGUGGACCCAACGUAAGCAACCCUGCUAAUCCUGUAGGAAGUGGGAAACAACGCUUACGAUGGACAUCAGAUCUUCAUAAUCGCUUUGUGGAUGCCAUUGCACAGCUUGGUGGACCAGAUAGAGCUACACCUAAAGGGGUUCUCACUGUGAUGGGUGUACCAGGGAUCACGAUUUAUCAUGUGAAGAGCCAUUUGCAGAAGUAUCGCCUUGCAAAGUAUAUACCGGAAUCUCCUGCUGAAGGUUCCAAGGACGAAAAGAAAGAUUCGAGUGAUUCCCUCUCGAACACGGAUUCUGCACCAGGAUUGCAAAUCAACGAGGCACUAAAGAUGCAAAUGGAGGUUCAAAAGCGGCUACAUGAGCAACUCGAGGUUCAAAGACAACUGCAACUAAGAAUUGAAGCACAAGGGAGAUACCUGCAGAUGAUAAUUGAGGAGCAACAAAAGCUUGGUGGAUCAAUUAAAGCUUCUGAGGAUCAGAAGCUUUCAGAUUCACCUCCAAGCUUAGAUGACUACCCAGAGAGCAUGCAGCCUUCUCCCAAGAAACCAAGGAUAGAUGCAUUAUCACCGGAUUCAGAGCGAGAUAGAACACAACCCGAAUUUGAAUCCCAUUUGAUGGGUCCGUGGGAUCAAGAAAUCUGUGCGAAAAACAUAUGCGGCGUUGCAUUCCCAGUGGAGGAGUUCAAAGCAGACCCUGGUAUGAGCAAGUCUUAAAGCACACUUCUGCGCCUUGACAGAAUUUUUUCAGAGUUGACCUCCCCACGAGAUGAUCAUUCGCAUGUGAAUAUAUAUCAUCUUAACAACAGAAUGUUGCACGGGUUUUUGACCCUGCACCUGAUCCCUUAGCCACGAGCCACGUCCAGUUGUUCUUAUCACUGUAGUAUCCAUCAACAACUCCUGUAAUUAUGAGGAUGGUGUUACAGAGUUUCUAGCAAGCAUGUCCAUCGAGGGAAUAGCCCUGAGCUGAACCAUGUACCAAGAAACAGAACAUGCUUUCACAUUUGCUGAGAAGAGGGCACGCCCCUGGAGCUACCUGAAGCUAUGUUGAUAAAAAAAAAGAUUGUGGUAUAUUUCUGAUCAAUAUUAUUUAUACUGACUU